AUGGAGAUCGCGCUGGUGACUUUGGAGAACGGCGGCACCACGGCCAUCGCGGGCGGCGACGAUGCCGCGGCCCCCGGCGGCCGGGCGCGCUGGCGGGGCAACUUGCUGCACCUCGCCGGCUCGCCGCAGCUGAGCGACGGCAAGGAGAACGCCCCUCCGCCGCCGCCGCCCGCGGGGGACGAGGAGCGGGAGCGGCCCCCGCCGGGUCCCCGCGCGGGAGGCGGCGGCGGCGCGAGCGGCCCCGACGAGCGGCCGGCGGAGCUCCGCGCUGCCCUCGCGCCGCCGCCGCGGCCGCCGCCCCGCGCCCCACGCCCCGCCGCGGACAUGGGGCCGUCCGAGGAAGGGGGACACCGCCGGGGCAUGGCCAUGGCUGCGGCCGGCGAUGAGGAGGAGGAGGCGGCGGCGGCCAACCCGGGCGCCAUGCACCAUCAGCGGGUGCUGAUCAACAUCUCGGGGCUGCGCUUCGAGACGCAGCUGGGCACCCUUAACCAGUUCCCCGACACGCUGCUGGGGGACCCCGACAAGCGCAUUCGCUACUUCGACCCGCUCCGCAACGAGUACUUCUUCGACCGCAACCGGCCCAGCUUCGACGGCAUCCUCUACUUCUACCAGUCCGGGGGCAAGCUCCGCCGGCCCGUCAAUGUCUCCAUCGACGUCUUCGCCGACGAGAUCCGCUUCUACCAGCUGGGUGAGGAGGCCAUGGAGCGCUUCCGGGAGGACGAGGGCUUCAUCAAAGAGGAGGAGAAGCCCCUGCCCCGCAAUGAGUUUCAGCGCCAGGUCUGGCUCAUCUUUGAGUACCCCGAGAGCUCCAGCUCAGCCCGGGCCAUCGCCAUCGUCUCCGUGCUGGUGAUCCUCAUCUCCAUCAUCACCUUCUGCCUGGAGACCCUGCCCGAGUUCAGGGACGAGAGGGAGAUGCCCGUACCUCUGCCCCCACAAGGUGGAGGUUUAAAUGACACGCCCGGGGACUCCCCACCCAUGCAGCCACCCAGCAGCCUGGCUGACCCCUUCUUCAUCAUUGAGACCACCUGUGUGAUCUGGUUCACCUUUGAGCUCCUCGUGCGCUUCUUCGCCUGCCCCAGCAAGCCCGAGUUCUCCCGCAACAUCAUGAACAUCAUCGACAUCGUGGCCAUCAUCCCCUACUUCAUCACCCUGGGCACCGAGCUGGCCCACGAGCAGCAGCAGCCCGGGGCUGGCAGUAGCAAUGGGGGUGGGGGCCAGCAGCAAGCCAUGUCCCUGGCCAUCCUCAGAGUCAUCCGCCUGGUCAGAGUCUUCAGGAUCUUCAAGCUCUCCAGGCAUUCCAAGGGGCUGCAGAUCCUGGGACAGACUUUGAAAGCCAGCAUGAGGGAGCUGGGCCUCCUCAUCUUCUUCCUCUUCAUCGGGGUGAUCCUCUUCUCCAGCGCUGUCUACUUUGCUGAGGCCGAUGACCCCGAGUCUCAUUUCUCCAGCAUCCCUGAUGCUUUCUGGUGGGCUGUGGUAACCAUGACUACUGUGGGCUAUGGGGACAUGAGACCUGUCACUGUGGGGGGCAAGAUUGUGGGCUCCUUGUGUGCCAUCGCUGGUGUGCUCACCAUUGCCCUCCCUGUCCCUGUCAUUGUGUCCAACUUCAACUACUUCUACCACCGAGAGACUGACCACGAAGAGCAGGCUAUCCUCAAAGAUGAACACAGUAGUGCUCAGGGCAGCACUGUGGGGGGAGAAGUGAAGAGAAGACCCAGCAAAAACUCUCUGAACAAAUCUGUUGUGCACUUGGAAAACAGUGAGGAGUUCAACAAUGGCACCAGCUCCUUAGAGAAAGCAAAUAUCAAAGCAAAAAGUAAUGUAGAUCUCAGAAAAUCCCUCUAUGCUCUCUGUCUGGACACCAGUAGGGAAACAGACCUGUGAGGAGAGGAGACGGUUAGAGUUCAGAGGGGCAGAAGGAUUUUCUGGUGUCAGAAACUUGCUACUAUAAUUACUCUUUUAGUACCAAUUAGUUUUUUAAGUCAGGCUGUACUUUAUAAAUUGAUCACUGUCCUGAGCAGUACUCCAGGAAUACAUGUUUUUGUGGUUUUUUUCCAUGACACAAAGGGUAACCUAUUUUUAAAAUAGACUAAGAAUAAGCUACACUCCAUGAUGCAGGAGCUGGUAAAUUAUGACAGUGAAAAAUCUAAUUUGUAGAAACUUAUUUUACGAAUGACCAUUGGUUUUGAAUGGGUAAUUUGUAACCAAUUCAGUUGCUCUGAGUCUAGUGUAAAGAACUGGGGGAAUGUGUGAGUGGAGAAUGAAUGGAUUGGGGAUGGGAGGGAGGAGGUUGAAGGGUUUUGUAUUACAGUUUCAAAUUGAAAUUAUUCAAAUAUAUUUUGUAUCUGUAUGACUGUAUUUAUGGUUGAAAGGAGAUUUCUUAUUCCUGUGAAAUAUGAUAUCAUUAAAGCACUAGGAACAUUAGCAAAUCAGCACUUUCUGAGUUUUCCAGUAGUGAUCAGCACAGAUCUGGUUAUCUUGUAUGUGAAGUGAAUUUGGUGCUUUGAACCCUAGAGCAGAAAACUUCUAUUGUUACUGAUAUGUUAGUUUCUUGUGAGCCUUAAAUUAUUAAAUAUUGUAGAUAUACUUCUUUAUAAUAAUUUUAUUAGGUACCUUCCUGUUUCAGAAUUUCUAAGUCAUUCAGUCAUGUGCUUACUGGCCCCACUCAAAAAAGUAUAUGCAACUUUUUCUUUUUUUUUUUUUUUUUUUUUGUGGUUUUACAGUUUUGUAUCUUUGUUAUAUUGUUGAGACCUAAAGGAAAAAAAAUACACUCUUCUGCUGUUACUGGUUGAAAUCUAGUGCACAGCAAAUCUAAAGUGAUCUGAACAGAUUUUCAAGUGCACAACAGAUCAAAAACAUGAGGGAGUGGAUAGGCACAAUGAGAAAGUAGAAUAUUGAGUGUAAUAUCUGCAGAACUGUUUUCAUUGUACACUCGAGAUUCCUUGAGUGUGUGUAUCAGUCGCCUUUAUGUAUGCACACACCAUUUGUGUACACAGUUCUCUGGUUUUAGUUCUCUCAGACUGGGAGUGGAUGGCACUUCAGGAGUCGAACGUGGCAUGCUGUGCUGCUUCAGCAACCAUCGUGUGGCUUUUCUCUUGGACAUGGAUGAAAAGCACCAAGUUUUCAUCAAAACACACCCCUGGUUUCUUGUAUUUCCAAACAAAACCUUCUCAGUGCUGUGGAUUUUACAGUUGAGGUGUUGAGAGACGAGUGACACCUUGCCUUCAUCAGGAUCACAGCUAACUCUGAAGACCGACGAAAAGUUGCUCCUUUAGCUCAAAGAGCUUUCUUACAAUUUCUCUUGCAAAGGACAUCUUUGUUUCCCCCUCCAACUUCUGUUGUAUUGCUGAAGGAUGGUCCAUGCCUUUCCCACAUCCUGUGGCACAGCAAGAGUAGCCGAGAAGAGAAGGCUUGAUUGUCAGCAUCGCUCAAGUCCCCAGUUCUGGAAUGUCCUAUGGAACCAUUUCUGUGGCAAGGACUGCAGGACUGUAGAGGCUCUCACAUCAUGAGCCUCUAUCAAAAAAAGCUACUGCAUAAAUCACUAAAACAAACAAGAGGAAAGGUGUUUUGCUAUAAUAAUUGUUAAUUAACAUGAUUUGCCUUGUUAGAUGUUCUUCAGUUUUAAUUUGUGACGAUCUAUAUCCAUUUCUAUACUUCAUGUAUUCAAGAUAGGGACAUUGAUGAGUUUCUGCUGUUUUGGACUUUUAAUAAAAGGACAUGUGCUCAUAAAGUUUCAUAUUUCAAACAUAUUUCAAUAUGUUAUAAUACCUUCAUUAAAAAAUACAGUUUUUUAUGCUUCUUAUGAGAAGUAUAUCUUUAAAAACCAGAAACAUGUUAAUUACCAGUAUGCUGCUCCAUAAUCAGCCCUAAUCAGUGGCAGUGGGGACAGUAAAAGGGGGAGGAUGAAUCUAAUUUCAGUGCUUUGCUGGGUGAACAGAACCAAGAAGCUUUUUUCCUUUGUAACUGGAAAUGAUAAACAUGAACAUAGAUGAUGUGAUAAAUAGAAAGAAGAAACAUGAACAUAGAUAACAUAAUAAAUAGCACAUAGAUUGAGAACCUCUUUGGGAAGCCUGUUAUUACAGCAAUAAAACCACAAAAGGUGCAUCUGUAAAUAGGAUAAAAUACAUUUGUGUCUGUGUGUAAAAAUAUUAAAGUAAACCUAGAAAGAGCUAAUAAAUAUAUUUAACAGUAAAAAGAAAAUCUGGAAUUCACAUAUGUAACAUGAUGUAUGUGGACUUUGAUGUUAUGUGUUAAUAAACAAAAUAGCAUCUCUCUUCCAUUAUUUGAAUCUACGUAAACUAAAUGUCACUUUAAAGACGUCUGAUAGAGCAAAUACUUAUGUCUAAUACCUCAGUCUGCCUUUCAUUUUGUGUAAAAUUAAGUCUGUGUG